UAAUUUUGUGUAUCAAAACCCCUCAUAAUUCGCAUGCAUUGAGGGACAUCUUUUUUCAGCACUGCGCUCCCACGCAGAUGAGCGCAAAGUCUCUUUGGUUUGGCCCACAGUCUUCUUGUCUGGUUGGCAGAGAGACAGUGCGUCUCUGCCUGGAAGGGGUUAGAGGGUUUGCUCGUUUCCAGUCCUGCCCAUUCUCUCUCAAGGAGGAGGGACGGGAGCAACCAGUGCUGCGAGUGUUUUGACACCCACAGUCUUCAGAUCGGAUGCUGACACCUUCACACCAGUGAGAACCUGCUAAAUUUACCCACCAGUGCCCGUCUACGCGCGACAGAGAGGACGGAAAUCAGUCAUUUAAGGGAGUGACCCGACCGCGCGCCCGCAGAAGCGCCCACAGCCCGUUGCCAACGAGCCGAAGACGCGCUGUCAAACCCCUCUAGACUUUGGAUUAUGAAAUUCAAGCAGCUACAGCACUGACUGUGCGAGAAUCUCCCGCGUUUCAGUGCUGUGACUUUCUUCACGUUACAGAAGAGGACACAGCGGUUCCCUGAGUCUGAGUGACAGGAUCUUUCUCCAGCUUCCAAACUACCGCGUGGAUUCAGAAAUAAUUAUUACACGAAAUUCUGAGGAUAUAACUGAACAGAUUUCUUUGAGGAUGUACUGGCUUUUGCUCUGUGUGACUCUAACGGGAUUGUCCGUGGCUCGCGCUGUAACGGAAAGACCCUGUGGUGGGAAAAUCACAAUCUCCAAGGCUGGGUAUGUAACCUCUCCUGAAUACCCGACUGGAUACCCGGUGAACCAGCAAUGCACCUGGCUGAUCCAAGCGCCUGAUCCACAGCAGAAGAUCCUCAUCAACUUCAAUCCGCAUUUUGACCUGGAAAGUCGGGAAUGCAAGUAUGAUUUUGUACAGGUGUUUGAUGGUGCGGAUGAAAACGCUCCCUCUCCUGGGAGAUUCUGCGGCAAAAUCGCCCCAUCUCCGAUUAUCUCCAGUGGAAACUCUUUACUCAUCAAAUUCACCUCCGACUAUGAAAGCACAGGAGCCGGAUUCAGCAUCCGCUAUGAGAUACACCGCACAGGUACUGAAUGUUCCAGAAACUUCACUGAACCGCACGGAGUGUUCCAAACCCCUGGAUUCCCUGAUAAUUAUCCAAACAACCUGGAGUGCACCUUCAUCAUCUUUGCACCCAAGAUGGCAGAGAUCGUUUUGGACUUCCAGAGCUUUGAUAUGGAAUCGGACCCAUCUGCACCGACAGGGGCUCUCUGCAGAUUUGACUAUCUGGAGAUCUGGGAUGGAUAUCCUACAGUGGGGCCUCAUAUUGGUCGAUACUGUGGUUCCAGACCGCCAAGUCGUGUGAUCUCGUACACCGGCAUUCUCUCUCUCACCAUCCACACAGACAACGCCAUCACCAAGGAGGGUUUUUCAGCAAAUUACAGCAUCCGAACCAGCUCAGACCAAUCUCACCAACACCAAGGUGAGUGCAUGUCUCCUUUAGGGAUGGAAAGCGGUGAAAUCACAGAAGACAUGAUAACUGCGUCAUCACAGUAUAAUCCCAGCUGGUCUCCACUGCGCUCCAGACUGCAUUACCCCGACAACGGCUGGACGCCAUCAGAGGAUUCUGCUCGGGAGUGGAUACAGGUGGACUUGGGUUUCCUGCGGUACGUGACGGCCAUAGGAACACAAGGUGCCAUAUCAAAGGAAACAAAAAAAUCAUACUACGUCAAAACAUACAAGAUCAGUGUGAGCUCAAACGGAGAGGACUGGAUAACCCUAAAAGACAAAACCAAACAGAUUGUGUUCAAUGGAAAUCAAAAUCCCACAGAUGAGGUACGCGCCAGGCUGCCCAAGCCCACUCUCACCCGUUACCUGCGGAUACGACCUCUGACCUGGGAACAGGGCAUCUGCAUGCGUUUCGAAGUGUACGGCUGUAAAAUAUCAGACGCUCCAUGCUCCAGUAUGUUAGGGAUGGUUUCGGGUCAGAUUUCGGAUUCUCAGAUCUCAGUAUGGCCGUCGGCAGAGAGGGGCUGGCUCCCUGAACAGGCCCGGCUGCUGACCGGCCGAACGGGCUGGGUGGUCGCUCACCCGCAGGGUCUCGUGAAGAACCAAUCGCUGGAGAUAGAUCUGGGGGCCCAGCGGAUCGUAACAGGUCUCAUUCUGCAGGGAGGGAAAUACAGAGACGUGAAUAUUUUCAUCAAACGCUUCAGAGUUACAUACAGCACGAAUGGAACGGACUGGAGUCACAUACUGGAAGAGAACAGCAACAAAGUGAAGGUGUUUAUGGGAAAUCUGAACCAUGACACACCAGAAGUACGUACUUUUGAUCCAGUGCUGAUGCGUUUUCUGCGCAUCUACCCUGAGCGUGGCUCUCUUGACGGCAUAGGGUUAAGGCUGGAGGUUUUAGGGUGUGACCCGCAAGAGCCCACAACACCUCUUCCCCUCACCACCACCAUGGAAACUACAGUAGCCACAGUCACUAGCGCUCCAGGGAAUAUUCCAACAACCACCAUUAUUCCGACUGUGGAGGGUUGUGAUGAAUACGGCAACUGCCAUAGCGAAUCAGUGACAGACUACGACACAACAGAAACUGCAGUAGCGGAGCCAUUUUUGGACAUGGAAGCAGUACCUGAAUACAUCUGGUUUGCCUGUGACUUUGGCUGGGCUGAUAACCCCUCCUACUGCGGGUGGAGUCAAGACAGUGGUGAAGGAGCCGAAUGGCAUAUAAACAACAACAGCAAAUACGCUGAUCACAAACUGCCUAAUCUGGACCACACAGGGAUGCCUAACAACUUCAUUUACGCAGCUUCUAACAGAAAUGCACGGACUGAAAUCGAAGCAAAGGCCGAAAUGGAAACAGAUGAAGAGCUGGCGAGAAAAGGACGGGUGGCGAGGCUAGCCAGUUUGCCGGUCACCGCCCCAGAUUCAGACCUGUGCAUGUCUUUCUGGUACCACUUCACUGAGAAACACACAGGAACUCUGAACAUCAAACAGAAGAUCGAGGUGGAGGAGAGCGAGGAGAAUCUGAUCCGCUCUGUGAGCGGCCAGUUGAAAAGCAGAUGGAGGGAAGGAAGAGUUGUGAUUCCCAGUGCCGACACACCUUUUCAGGUGAUCAUCGAGGCCCAAGUGGAUCCUACAGAAUCUGGUUUCAUCUCACUGGAUGAUAUAAAGAUACUGAAUGAAGUGAAUCCUGAAGAGUGCAAGGACCCAGAGAAUACAGAAGAUGAUGAAGAUGAAGUUGAUGAGAUCGUGAACUGUGAGGGGUCUGACAACACCCUGUGGAGUUUUGGACGCGGCUCUAUGCUGAAGAGUUUAGACCCCAUCUUGAUCACCAUCAUCGUGAUGAGCGCCGUGGGAGUCCUGCUGGGCGCCGUGUGCGGGGUGCUGUUCUACUGCGCCUGCGCUCACACUACAAACAGGAACCUCUCUGCUCUGGAGAACUACAACUUUGAGCUGGUGGAUGGAGUCAAACUAAAGAAAGAAAAACUAAGUGCACAGAAAUCUUACACAGAGGCAUGAGGAAUGUUGGACGAACACAGGAAACAUUUGCCGGACAAUGUUGGAGGAACUUUUUUAGAACGUUGUUGCGACGUUUCUCAAGGUCGAGACUGAGCGUUAUUCUCAGGACGUGCAGGACGAGGGACUGGCCUCUGGCGCCUUGUAUAGAUUGUACAGCCAGACGAUGAUUGUCUACUUAUUUGUACAUUUGUUGCUGGUGAUGAGACCAAGACAAAACUAUGUAUCCUCUCACACAGUUGGAUAUUUUUUUCUACAAACCCCUUUUUUUUAGAGCUGUAUACAACUGGGUUUUCAGUGUUUAUUGUGCUUGUUUAUGUUUGGAGACGUGUUUGUUCAGUUGGUAACUCACACUUCAUUCCAAUGGUGCCUUUAAAUGUGUUUUUGUUGCCUUUUCACACAUGGAUUCCUGCCCUUACACAGACAGUCACACAAACUGUUCACAGACACAGGCCAAUACAGGUCAGAGGUCAAGGUUUAAAUACUAGUGCUGCAGUGACGACGUGUUUUCAUAAGCCAAAACUCUGAGACAAGUUUCAUCGUCCUGAAGUCAAUCGCUGCACCCGAAAUUGAAUACUUUCCUACUAUAUAGUAUGCGAAAAACAGUACGCCAACAGAGUAGUAUGUGCAAAUUCAUAGUAUUUGAAAAACAGUAGGCGAAAAGUACCCAGAUGAGAUUCUGAAGCGUGCUUUCGAUGGACACUUUACUAUCCCAUGAGGCCACAGGAGGGGAUUUAUGAAUGGAAGUGAAGCGACGCAACCGACGCUAGUAGGUCACAUGAUAAAGACAACAUGGCAGAUGUACACUGCCCUCCAAAAGUUUGGAAACGCCCUAGAAAAGUGGGGUUUUGGACAAUAUUGGCAUGAAUCCUUUUUAAUUUGUGAUCAUUUUGCA